CUUGUUUGACUCAACUUGUUCUAAGUCCCCCUUAAACCAAUCCGAUAUCCCUCUUUGUGUUAGCUGUAGAUCUAAUAAACGGCGCUGUAGUUUGCCAUUUAUAAAAUUCAUUUGGAUAUAGACUUCCUGUGUUACAGACUGAAGUAUAUCCACUUGUUGCAGUGUUCUAAGACGUGUUUAUUUGUUUGUUGUCGCUGGAAGGAUUUUUACCUUCGUGUUGGGACUUAAAAUUACGUUACACGAUAUUGAGGAUUGUAUUUUUGUGUUGAACAAUGUUAGUUAUAUCAGGAAUGUCAAAGAUAAUACCGGCCAUCGCCUUGUAUAGACCUGGUGAUAGAGAGCAUCAUGUGACGUGAUGUCAGCGCUUACUGAGACAGUCACUGACCAGGCAUCCAAAGGUGUGACUAUCCCGGACUUCUCCAAGAAAUUGAUCAACAAAGUGGACAAUGCCUCACAGCCAGUGUCCGUCCCACAUUACAGUCAGCGGUACCACGGCGGCAAGGCCUGGUGGAGUGUUGGGGAACUGCAACACCAAGGCAUCACUCAUCAGUCUGUCGGUCUCAGCCUUGGGAGGGGCGAUGAAGAAACCUGGGAUCUUAGCGACUCGUUGGCUGACCUUUACCAAGCGGUCACCCGCAAGGAGCAGAGGGCAGCGUCCAGACACAAGGCUCACGUCACUCCGGCCGGGGGCAGUGUUAGAGUGGACACGGACAAGAGCCUUGACAUUCAACGUUGGCUGGACGAUGACACGAGCCACGGGUUUAUCCGUGUCUUCCAGUCGGACACGGACGGAACGGGGCGCCUCUUCCCUUGCACCCUCUCUACGCCCGCGCAGAAGAUUUGCCUCCAGUUAGGCAUCCCGGGCAACGCCCUGCAUGUGCAGCUGAGCGGUGACGUCAUCAGGCGCAUGGAGGCCAUCGACUGCCCCCUGGCCAUCCAGAACGAAUACCUGGCCGGUCUUGGCUACUCUGACAUCAGGUACAUUCAGGAGGCAGGGCCGAAAGAAGAUUUAGCGUACUUGGUUAGAUUCUAUGCAGGGAAACCUGCUUCUUUGACAGAGCACACUUAUUCCAGGAAUCACCUGACGACAUACACUUACAUCCGCAAAGGGAAGCUACUCCAUCAGUGGGUCAGACGACGCUGUUCAAUAUCAGGGACUAGAAUGUUGAUUUAUAGAGAGAACCAUGUUGAGCCUACAACGGUCCAGUUAGCUCGAGGUUCUGUGGAAGAAGUCACUUACAAAGGACAGUCACUAGUACUGAAGAUAACUACUACCUACCCAACAGAACGAUCAAUGUACAUGUCUUUUGUCUCGCAGGAAGAUUAUAAUAAAUGGUUAAGAAAGUUGAAGAAGGCAACUUCCAAAAUGCCAGACAAAGCUGACCUUUCCAACUGUCAUUUGGAAUUUUUGCCAGAGAAUGUAUUUGUCAACACUGACCUCAAAAUUCUGGUGUUGCGACACAAUGCAUUGCGUGAACGCCCAAUAGAAGAAGAUAUUUACACGAUUGGCUGGCUAGAGGACCUUCCCAGAUUUUCCUCCCUUCGUAUGUUGAACCUAGCAGAUAAUCAGCUGUUGAAUUUCCCUUCGGCAUUGUGUCAAAUGAAGUCUCUUGUGGAACUGAAUUUAUCUAGCAAUAAGUUAAAUGAGGUGCCACCAGAGAUAAGAGAACUAGUCAACUUAAAAGUGCUUCACUUACACAACAACUGUCUUUCCUCCAUCCCUGAUGAAAUAGCAGACAUGAGAAGUUUGUGCCACAUUGUCUUGGCUUUUAAUCAAUUCUCACAAAUACCAGCGAUUCUUCUUCAGUCCAAACUGGCAGCUUUUCUGGUGGACAGCAUUAUCAUGGCAGGAAAUCUAAUUUCAAGACUUCCAGCUGACCAGUUCAUACACAUGACCAAAAUAAAGAAGAUUGAUCUCAGAUUAAAUCAGCUUCAUCUCAUGCCAACUGAGACAGCGAAAUUUCAGAGUCUGGAACAUGUCACUCACCUAGAUAUCAGAGAGAACCAGAUUACUGACCUUGACAUUCGAGCCAUCAGAAGUUUGGAAUACUUAAACUGUGACCAUAAUGCAAUGCGAUCCAUGCAGCUGAAUGGAAGUCAGCUAAAAAAUGUUUUUGCUUCACAUAAUUGUCUCCAGACUUUAUCAAUAAAUCCAAAGCCUGAGUAUUUGUCCAGUUUGACUAUUUCACACAAUAAACUGAUAGAGCUGCCAGGCUGGCUUGCUGAUUGCUUUUUCUUAACCCAAUUAGAUGUUAGUCACAAUCUUCUAAAAUUAUUGCCAGACAGACUGUUGACAGAUGCUAAAAGACUUAAAGUUUUGAAAGCUAAUCAUAAUCGCCUGACAGAGCUGCCAGAAAAAAUACGUAGUGACACUUUAGAAGAGUUACACCUUCAGCAUAAUUACAUUCGUCAUUUGUCUACAGAACUAUUUAUCAAGGCUCAUAGGUUACGCUAUCUAAACAUGACAAAGAACAAACUGGUGGACCUUCCAGCACCUAACAAAAAUGACUCCUACAAUAAACUUCAAGAGCUGUACUUGUCUUUCAACUACUUGUCCAAUCAGUGCCUCUAUAAAAUCUGCUGUUUUCCUAGACUCAGAGUGUUGCACUUGGCUAAAAAUAAAAUUGCUGUAAUAGAAGAGGUUGAUAUUGAAAAGCUGGAGCAGCUAACAGAGCUGAAUGUUUCUUCCAACAAUCUCACCUACUUACCGUCUGCUGUUGGUCGGCACCCCAAACUUCAGGUCUUAAGAGCCAAUUGCAACCUGCUGAAAGAGCUUCCAAAUUUAAAAUCUUCUUCUGUUCUCAAGGUCCUGGAAGUUAGUUCUAAUCACUUAGUCAAAGUGAACCUGGAGAACUUGUUGAGCUCGCACAUGUCUGUACUGGAUAUAACAGCCAAUCCAACAAUACAGAUCAAGGGGCGUGAUAAUGAGUUGACCAAAACUUCUAAAAAACUUUGUAUGGUUGAUGUGAGGGGUCAGAACCCUCCUGUGAAUGAAUCCGGCUCACAAACAGACAUAUCUGUUGGUCAGUUGUGGAGAAGUGGCUUGUCACAAACAUCUGGAAUUCGAAAUAAACUGUCCGUAACUUCCAUCAACAAGCCAUUCCUCAAUGAUAACGGUGAAGCCCUGUUUGCCAUCUUUGAUGGAGGUCGCAACGAUGUGGUGGCUAGUCAACUUUGUGACAUCAUACCAACUGUGCUGAAAGAGGAAAGGUCAAAGAGUAGAAAACCUGAGGUGUACUUGAAGUAUUCCUUGCUUUCUGCUCAUAGAAAUUUAAAGCAUUUAGGGGAAAAACUUGGCGCUGCUGCUGUAGUGGUUCACAUUCACAAAGAUGAUAAAGAGAAUUACAUCCUCUCAGUGGCUAAUGUUGGAGACGCUCAGGUUGUGUUAUAUAGAAAUAAAAAGCCAAUGCUGCUGUCAAGGCCCUUCCUAGUGGCUGAGGAUGUGGAGGAUACAAAACGUGUGGUUAAAUCUGGAGGCAUCAUAACAGAGGAUGGCAGAGUUUCCGGAGUGACAUACAACACAAGACUUCUCGGAUGCAGUUACUUGUAUCCUUAUGUCAUCCCUGAGCCCCAUGUCAGCUCCACAGUUCUGACCCUUGAGGACACAUUGUUUAUUGUGGCCAGCCAAGGACUCUGGCAGUAUGUGACUUAUGAAGAAGCUGUCGCUGAAAUUAAGGAUACACCAGAUCCAGUCGUUGCAGCCAAACGUCUUCAAGAUCUGGCCCAGGGCUAUGGUUCAAGAGAAAAUAUUGCCGUGCUGGUUGUUAGGCUGAUGUUAUCUGAGGCAGAGAGAAGCAGAAUCACAGACUUGAUGAGAAUACAACGUAAAAGUCAGAAGGAGCUGCUAAAGGCUUUGAGUCAGCCUAAAGACAUCCUGCAUUUUAGAGAUGGUGUUCCUCGAGGAGAAGAACUCAACGGAAUCAUAAUUGACAAGUCUGGUCAUGCUAAGAGGCAUCGGAGUGGUCGGAAAAACCUUCUGGAUUCUGAAUCCAUACGAACAUCACCAUCUACUGAAGAAUUUGUGGACACUGCAGUCUCUAUUGAAACUAUUGUUGUUUCACUACAUAGCAAUGAUUCCCAUCCUGUUGACACUGCUCAAGACCAUACUGAUUCUACAAAUGUCAUGUUGCAGGACCUUGAAACACAACUUGGCGAGAAGCGUCUUUAUAGGAAAAAAUCUCAUGGGCCAUCACAUCUAAAGAAGUAUGUACCACCUGCUGAAACAGAUGAAAUUUCCAGGGUCCAUGAGUCCAGUGCUGAUAUGAAGCCUGUAAGUCCGAAUGAUUCUAAUCGUGCAAGUGAACUACAGAGAGAUGCUGAAGAAAAUGAUAUUUUAAAUUCUGAAAAUAGUGCGGAUAUCUCAGAGAAAAUGAAUACAGUGUCAGAUUCAUCUCAGUUGCCUCCCCCUAUGGAGUCUGAUUAUGUUGUACCUUACGAUGGGUUUGAUGAUGACCCGUAUGAUAGAUUAUCUUUUAAUGGAGGCUUUAGUGUGUCCCCUACUGAGUCAAUCAGUUCUAUAGAUACAUCUUUGCACCACGAAAUUGAUAACAUUUAUAUGUCACGCCAUGAGAUUAUUCAUUCCAAAAAUGAAGUCGACACUUGGAGGAACAAUCAGAACUUUGAAGAGGCAGAGCAGGAACUAGUUACUAGACCACUGUCACCAGACUCCCUGAUUUCUCAAACUGAGUUCAUCAAACCUAUGGUCAGCAUGACCAAUAUUGACCGAGAUGCUCUUCUGUUUCAUCAGAUGCAGCUGGCCAGGGCCCAAGCCCACGCUGGCAGUAUUACUAGCCUAGACUCCAUUCAAUCAGCACCCAUGCAUGGUUCCAAACACGACAUCUAUCAUGGAGCUAAAACCUCAUCCCACAGCAUUGAGGUUCUGGUUAAUGUAGGAGAGAAUGAUUCUUUUUCUGGAGGUCAUGUGGAGUGGGGAAGCAGUCUGAGUGGCUUGAACAGUGGGGCCACUACAGUCCACAGCAGCAAGAUAGUGAACAUCGACUCUGGAAGUGAAGGACAGUCUCAACUCCUGGAUAACUUUUUAGAGUCCUCUGUCCAAGCUGCCAAAGAGCAUCAGAUGUCCAACUUAAGAGAUGAUGUCAAUGAGGAGGAUGAUGCAGAUACAUUGGUUGGAGAGGACAAUGAUAUAGGUAACUUGAAUGAUGUGAUGAGCGAUGAAGAAAUACAAUUAGCCAACGCCAAACAACAUGCAGUGGAAGAAAAACUUACUUUAGCAGAUAAUAACCUCCAGGUUACCGAUGACAAAGAAUGGAGCCAUCACACAGACCAGGAGACACUGGAUGAAGGCAGUGAUAGUGACGACUCUAUUGGCAAUGUAUCUCUUGAAGAUGGCUACUUUGCCAUAGAAUUCCCAGUAUCUCAAAAGAAAGGCAGUCUCAGUAUGUUGAACAUAGUGGACAUAGAAUCAAACAAGUCUCUUCAAAAUUUCUCGAACCUAAAAAAUGUUGCAAGGCAUGAAAAAUCAAAAUUUUUGCAGAUGAACCCCAGAAGAGCUCCUUCCUAUUCCAGUAGUCACUCACACAAAUCAUCGAGAGCCCUGAAGGCUGGCCCUAGUGGUGCUCCAACAGAUCAUGUCAGGACGAGAUCAUUUAGCAACUUGACUUAUGAAGAAAUUUCUCACUUCCAAAACAGAACAUCUGCCAGUUCCAUAAUUGGUGAGAAAGACAUUGAUAGUGUGUAUGCUGUAGUCAGUAAAGUGAAGAAAAAUAAGCACAAAGAAAAGAAACUUGAUCUGCAUGAAGAAGAUCAGGCUCCCAUGUUAAUCCCUUUUGAUGGACAGAAGGACAGUGUUCCAAAUGAAGAUGUUAUGGAACAAAAUCUGCCUAGCAGGAUGCAUUCUCCACACGAUUUAAAUGUAUCAGAUCACAAAUCUAGUUUACAGCAAAGGCGGAAUUCACAACAGCAAAAUAAAUCUGAAGGCAGAGACCCAUACAGCAGCUCCCCACCCAUAAAUGAUAAGAAAUCACCAAACAUGCAGGAGAAUUAUGUUUUAAAUUUGUCAACACCUUUUGAGUGCAAUACAAAAGAGGAUAAUGACAUUUGUGCUGAGUCCAACAUUACCUCUUUGUCUUUUACUCAGCAAGCCCUUGAGACUGACACUUCAAUGUCCAGUGAAGAUCUUCCACCUCCUCUGCCGCCUAGACCACCAUAUUUCACACCUCUUGGAGGCUUUCUCUCAGAUGAUAGGCUCCAGUCAAAAACAGAGCAUGUACAGCCUGUUAAGUCACCUCCAGUUCCAGCUCGGAGGCACCAGGCCCCUCCCGCAGGCAAUGAUUGGCACCCAACUGCUAGACCACGGCGAAGCCUUUCAAAAAAAAGCUUGAACAUGGAAAGUGGAAUAGACAACACAGUCUUGUCUGCCCAAGAUCUUUACCCAGACAUGUUGCAACCAGCCUCUUCUUCGUCUUCAUUUCCAUCCUCCAUUGAUGUCUCCAGCGCUGUUGGCAAGUUGUCCCAUCAACGAAGUAUUAUCAUUACUUACCUUUGAUCUCAUCAACAGUUAUGUAUAUACAUGUAGUAUAUUGUAAUUGUCUAAUAUCUACCACACUUGUAUGGUUGUAAGUAUAUUUCUUGAAUAUAAUGUUUUUAUUUAAAACCCUUAUUCUAUUUUCAUGUAGUACACACUGUAUCUAUAUCUGGGUAAAAAUAUAAGCAGUGGACAUCCAUAAAAAUGAUUAUGUAUAAAAUAGAUCCUGUUAUUGUUACAUUGUCUAAAAACUUCACAAAAUGCAUACAUUGUAAUAGAACUACUGCCCCUUAUAAUAUUGUGUAAAUAAUAAUAUAAAUAUAACUUGUAUGUGGGCUAUGGAAAGCUGUUCUUGUAUUGAGAUGUAGCCAAUGAACUGUGAUGGUUGUAAAAUAUUUCUUGGUCUGUACAUAUAAUCUUGUAGUUACUUACCAUUGUUCAUUUAAUGUUUCAAGUUCAGUUAGUUACUUCCCUUUAACUUUACGAAAAAUAGCCACAUCUCCAUUAGAAGAUACCAAAGGUUUGACAUUAUGCCAUGAAAAUUUUGAUUUUUGAGAACUUUUAUAUUUAAAAGUGAACUAUUACUUACAUGUAAUAUAAAUAAUACCUGUCUUUCAUUGGAGUUUAGUUCCCUUCCAGAAAAGUUGAAUAUUGAAUAGCCUGGUUUGCUAAGUGCCAUUCAGUUUAUAGGUAUUAAUCUCACUACACAACUGAUGUGCCAUUUCUAGAAAAUGCUGUAUUUUUGUAUGUUGACUUGUAUCUGCUGUGUUAUCAUGUUUUAUCAUGAUAUUUUAUCUUCAACUUUUUAAAAAUUUCAAGUUGUGGGAAUGAAUGAUUGGUGGAUUAUGGACUGGUCCAAUAUGGUAAUAGGAAUAAUUAGUGCUUAUGAUGUAGGAAUAGUAUGGAUAUAAGAAAAACUUAUCUCUUAUCAGUGGAAAAAAUGUAAAUAAUUGAUUUAAUAUGUUUUCGAAUACGUUUCAAAUUACAGUAACCAUAGAUAUAUCUACACAAUUUUAAAAAUAAAAACUUUUUUUUAAGGAAUUUGUUAAGCUUAGAAAAAUUCAAAACAAAAAAAGCUUGUGAUAUAUGUGAUAUAUCAUUUUAUGAUCAGUUUACUUCCUGCAAUGUACACUAUAAUUACAUACCGGUACUACUAGAUUAUUAUAAUGUGAUUAUUAUAAUGUGAGUACUUUCACAAUGUAUUUUUACUUGUCCGGUGUUGUAACUCUUGUUACUCCUAACUGACGAUACCGACGUUGAUUUUACCACAUUAUACAUUUUGUUAUAUAAAAAUAACAUGCAUUUUACUAUAAUUAUAUACCUUAAAUAACAUUUCCUGAUUACUUACAAAAAAAUUAUUGAAGUUUAAACAUAACUGGUUAGUGAAACACAAAAGAACAAAAUGAAUAAUUCCAUCAGGAUGUGGAAAUUAAUUACGGAGAGAAAGAGGUAAGCCAGCUGUUUUAUUCAUAAUGGAGAAGUCAUUUAUGCACAAACCACUAUUUCCAAUUUGUUUCAUAUUUACGUGCUGUGACGUCUAGAACAUUAGUUUGACUCUAAUAAAUAUGAAACUCUUUCGCUGGCUGUGGUUGAUGUGAGGUUUUCUUUUCACCAUCUUCGUCUGUUGUCUGUAGAGAUUUCCUUUUCAUCUCGAAUUCUUAUGUAGCCUAUGUAAGAAACCUCCAGACACUGCCACUUGGUGCUCUUGUCAAUGUACUUUUAAGCAAAUUAGUGCCUAAGCUUGUCUUAAAAGUGUUUCCAGGAGGCACCUACUUUAAUGACCACCUUUCAUCUUACCAAAAAUAUUGCCUUAGGCAUAUUGUAGUCCCCCCAUUUGAGAUACUUGCCCCGUUCAGUGUAGCUGUUGAUCAAUUAGCUGUCCCUCUAUACUGUCCGUACUGGCAUUCACAAGAAGAUCUCUACUUGAGGUGUGGUCUUAAAAGCCAUUGUAUGCUCAUGAUGGAACAUAUGUUCAUGAAGGAGUGCAGACAUAUUUUGGUCAAAGCAUUCAAGAAUAAACCUGGGGUUAUAUUGUCAAUGCUCAUCUUAAGAUCUGCAGGUCCAUUUUAGAAAUCAUGGUUAAUGGAAUUUGAUGCUUUCAUCAAUGGUUGAUGAAAGAAGUUAGUCUAUUCCUCUUGUUUGAACUCGUAUUUAUCUUCAAUGUUUUUUUUUUUUUACCAAACUGCCACCAUGUUCUUUAUUUAUUUCCAGUGAAUAUAGGAUAGAGGCCAAAACCUUUUAUUUUUAAAUUUGUCAUUUUAUAAAUAAUAUUCACAUACUUAUAUGUUAUUAUACACUUUUAGGGGCUUCCAUAAGAAAACCUAUAGCUUUUGGGCUGUUUCUUUUUCUGUCUUGUUUCGAUCUCUAAAACAAAAGUGUUUCACCAUCAUUGCUCUCAUUAUAGGUGCAGUGGCCAGUGGGUCUUCUGCAAAGUGUUCCAAUUUUUUUUAUAUAGUUAUGUCUGUAUAUUGUAAUUUUAGACUUAACUGAGAUCCUCUCUCGCUAUUUGGCGAGUGACUUCGCAUUCGACCUGGAGUUCAUUAUCUUACAUCUUCUUUUAAAGUCUAUUUUCUUGUUAUUCGGGCACAGUGACUGAGUGGUUGAGUGAUUACCUUCUGAACCUGGAGUCUUAGGUUUGAAUCUUGGUGAAGACUGGGAUUUUGAAUUUCUGGUUUCUUAGAGCACCACUGAGUCCACCCAACUCUAAUGGGCACCCGACUUUAUUUGUGCUGGCCCUGCUAAUUAACCGUUGGUCAAAGAAACAGAUGACCUUAACAUCUGAAUGGAGAACCUUACUUAUAUGUUAAACAGGGAUAGCCCUGUUUCCGUGUUCCUUGUUUCAGCCUACAUGUCAUUGCUGUCUUCAGAGAAUGUGUAUCACUAUGUUCUGAUUUAUAUGUCUCAUCCAACAUUUGGUUACAGCUUCACUAAGUGGUUGAGAUCUGGUUUGACAAUUGAUUUUUGUUUGCUGAUAUGAUCUCAGUAUGCGACCAUGGGGAUUUAUCUCAGCCUCUAUCACUCAUCCACAUUCAAACUGUUUUUUUAAAUAAAUUCUUCAAACAUCAUUUUCUAUUUUGACCAAUGUCUUCCUCAUUAUUAGCAUGUGUUUAAAAUAUGUGCAUAACUGCAACAGCUAACUUAAGGUUUUCUGAAAGUAUGCCCUUUUGUUUUGUUUUUUUAUAAUUAUUAUUAUGUAUACAUGGAUAUUUGUGUGUCAUUUUUAGAAGAUACUAAUUAAGUUCAUGUUAUUUAAUAGCUGUACAGCAUCUUGAUUCUUUACAGAUUUAAAGGUUACAAAAGGCAUUGAAUAAGUCCUCAUUUUUCUAUAGGAAGUCUACCUAUGAUGAUAAUUUUCUAAAAUUAUUAUUUGAGACUGAUGCUGUUAAAAAUGAUUUAUGUGUGAAUUGACUUGAUGGCUGAAUUAAUGUGACUGCAUAUGAAGUACUGUUGAACACAAAAUUCUAUUGUUACUUUGUUAAUUAUUCAUCAUGAACAUUUUUUUUUCUUAGUAGUAAGCCUUCUUAUCCAACCAAAUAAGUUACAACACAAUGUUAAGAAAAAUUAUAUUUUUGUAAGGAACUAAUGAUUUUAAAAAAUCACAUUUGUAUUUUUUUAGCUUUGGUUUUCUAUGUGUUAAAACAAUGUGUUCAUGUAUAGUCAUUUAUUUCCAGACAUGUUACAAAAGCAUAACUUUCUGCAGUUAUAAUAAACAUUAACCAUAAUUGAAAACAG